UACUAAAAAGAUGGACAAGAUUCUUGGCAGAGUAUAGAAAACAACCCAGGACAGUUGUGUAAUUGAGUUGUAAACAUACCCAGCUUUAUACUGCACUAGUUGUUUUUUAAGAGAGUAGAUAUAGCACUAAGGUUAUUAUCAUGUUAUAGUGCAUGAGCACAUUCGAAAUUAGUAGUUUGUAUCAGUAUUAGUGUCAUUUGACACUGUCAUUCGAGUCACUCUUUCGCUCCUUCUCUUAUUGAUUUGUUGGGUGACUAGAGUUGAGAUUAGAUGAAAUAGUAGUGCUAUGGUUCAGCUAUUCAGAGAUCACCUAUUUGCACAACAUGUGUUAACAAGUUGUGCUCAAGGGUAGCAGGGUCACAAUGAUUUUAGGCAGUGUGCAUAUGAUAGUCAGCUGAUUUGAUGUCAUAAGUGAGUCAGAAUGUCGAUGAAAGGCAAGGCACUCUUCACUUUCCAAAGUGAAAACAAAGAGGAGAUCAGCAUACAGGAGAAUGAAGAACUGGUUAUCUUUGACAAUAACUCUGUGGAUGGAUGGUUACAAGGGGAGAACAGUAAAGGACAGAAAGGUCUCUUCCCGGCCUCUUAUGUGGAAGUAAUCCGCCCUCGUUCCAACUCCAACCUGACAGACUGCUCCAUAAGCCCGGUGGGUUCUCCCGGCAAUGGCUCCUCAUAUUUCCCCUCUACAGCAAACGCGCCCUUUCACAUGCAACAGGGUUACUAUCACGAUGACGAUGAUGACUGGGAUGAUUGGGAUGACAGUUCCACAGUGGUGGACGACGAUGGCCCCAGUGGCACAAAUGGACAUUCCCAUCAGAGCCCCCACUCCAACAACCCCAAUGUCCACAAUUGUGCCAAACCUUACAUGGAGAGGCAGGACAGCAUCUCCAGCUCGCGGAAGGGCAGUAUGGUAGGCAGGAACUUGAACCGAUUCUCCAGCUUUGUCCGCUCAGGGGUGGAAGCGUUUGUGUUGGGCGAUGUGCCCAUGAACGCUAAGAUAGCCGAGUCAUACACCAUUGCGAUGGGCCCCAAAGGGCCUCAAUGGAAAGAGAGCCCUACACCUUUCUCUUGCUCCAUCGAGGACCCCACCAAGCAGACCAAGUUCAAAGGCAUCAAGACCUACAUAUCUUACCGGGUGACCCCGAGCCACAAUGCGAGGCCUGUGUACCGGCGUUACAAGCACUUUGACUGGUUGUACAAUCGUCUACUGCACAAGUUCACCAUCAUCUCCGUACCCCACCUGCCUGAGAAACAGGCAACGGGGCGCUUCGGGGAAGAUUUCAUUGAGAAGCGCAAGAGGCGGCUGAUUCUCUGGAUGGACCACAUGACCAGCCAUCCGGUCCUGUCGCAGUACGAGGGCUUUGAGCACUUCCUGAUGUGUGCUGAUGACAAGCAGUGGAAGCUGGGAAAACGGCGGGCGGAGAAGGACGAGAUGAUGGGCGCCAACUUCAUGCUUACCUUCCAGAUCCCCAACGAGCACCAGGACCUGCAGGACGUGGAGGAACGUGUGGACUCCUUCAAGGCCUUCGCCAAGAAAAUGGACGACAGCGUCAUGCAGCUGACGCACGUGGCCUCGGAACUGGUGCGGAAGCACCUCGGAGGCUUCCGGAAGGAGUUCCAGCGUCUGGGGAACGCUUUCCAGAACGUCAGUCAGGCGUUCAUGCUGGACCCUCCCCACUGCUCGGAAGCCCUCAACACCGCCAUCUCCCACACGGGACGCACAUACGAGAACAUUGGUGAAAUGUUUGCCGAGCAACCUAAUUAUGACCUCUUCCACAUGCUGGACAAACUGUCGCUCUACCAGGGCCUACUCGCCAACUUCCCGGACAUCAUUCAUCUACAGAAAGGUGCGUUCGCCAAGGUCAAAGAGAGUCAGCGGAUGAGCGACGAAGGAAAGAUGGACCAGGACGAGACGGACGGAGUGCGUAAACGCUGCCGGACAGUGGGAUUUGCCCUGCAGGCCGAGAUGAACCACUUCCACCAGCGCCGCGAGGUGGACUUCAAGGAAAUGAUGCAGGCCUACCUCAAACAGCAGAUCGCCUUCUACCAGCGUGUGGGCCAACAGCUGGAGCGUACCCUGCACAUUUAUGACAACCUGUAGAGGCUGGGCCUGUCAUCAUUCCAAACGUUAUCCUUCUGAUCCAAAAUGGCCGCCCAGUUCAACAGGGCCUCCCCAGGGGUUGCCAAAAAUCCUAGUGGAAACAGAGACAUGACUGUAGUUGGGAAAGUGUAUCACUUUGUUCUCUUUUUUUCAUGGUGGACCAUGAUAGUCACACAAACCCUGGCUUGAAAGAAGAGAGGGGUUGCUGAGGUUGCUGCCUUAGAAAGUUGACUUUCUGCUUAUUUUGGCCUGAAUAGACAGAAAGAGGGAAUGUACUUGAAGCACUUGUGCACUUCACGUAAUAGUCACUUUCCAGGCUGAAUUUCAAAGUCGAAAUUGUUGGUUGCAAGGGACUUACACCAUUGUAUUUUUCAUAAUUCCACCAAUUUUGCAAUGUUUUGACCAAAAUGUUAAUUUUUUUAUUUUAUAUGUUAGCAACCAAUCUUAAUGUGUUAAAUCAUUGGUGGCAUUUAAUCAUUCUUUGUAGAGGGUCAAAGAUAGGCAUGUGUAGCCUUAAUGCUUAGACAAUUCCCUGUAGAUGAUAGAAACUGAACUCCUUUAGUGUAAUGUAUGAUAGCCAUGUCAGAAUAAGGGCUCGACUGCUCAGGUGUUCAGUGCAAACAUGUUACAUUCAUGUAUUUUCUUGAAUUAGCUCUCCAUACAAGCCAAGUUCUAAGAGGCAGCAGCUGCACUAAGAUUAAGAUCCUGUCCUUAAGAUCCUGUCCUGUGGUCCCUGUCAGUGCCUUAAGGAACCAAGCAUUUUAGUGUGAUUUUCUAAACAAAUGUCUUCACCUGCCUGUUUUCCAUUUGAGGAGAAACAGGCCCUUGGACUCAGUAGUCGAGUUUGCACAGGGGGUUUGCUUGUUCUUUCUGUUGCAAAAAACAUUUGAAGUUGGAAGUACUUAAUGUAAGAGGUACUGCAUGUUGGUUCCAACCUUAAAAGUAACAAUGGGAAAUGCUUUUGUCUGGAUAAGGAUAUUUCUGUGCAUCCGCCAGAAACUCUAAAUGGGAAGAUGGGAAACUCCUUUCAUUUCGUAUUACUUUAUUCCUCUUUCAUUUACAAAUCUCGUGACGUGACUAUGAGACAUGGCUGUAUCUAAGUGGAUUUGUAUUUAUCUGAGCCUGCUAGCUAGCUACAUUUAACUACUACAAACUAAUUUAAAUCACAAUAUAUAAAGGUUAACUUACUUGUUUUUUGCUGUCCAUUGGCAGCACAAGUGGAGCAUUUGACUUGCGAACUCAUCACCUGAUCAGCGUCUCGUCAGCAAUAUUAAAAAAGUACUUCCGGGUCCCCCAUGUAAUAGUACAAAAGUGUCAAUAACCAUUCAUGAUAUACAGUGCCAGUCAAAAGUUUGGACACACCUACUCACAGUUUUUCUUUAUUUUUACACCUUUUUUUUUU